AAUGAAAAUGACAUUGUUAAAUCUGCCAAAUAAAAUCUCUUAUCCACUCAUCCAAAGUUUAAAUCUUUCCCAAAGUCGAAAUCUUUGCUGCUGAAACUUACAAGCUCAUAAAAAAUGGCAGCACUUUCCUUUCCAUGGUACCCUAAAACCCUAUUAUGUCCCAAACCCACAAAGCUCUGUUCCUUAGCUUCCCAUGUAUCAAUGUCUACUACCCCUCUGUUUUCCCACAAUUUCUCAAUCUCUCCAUUAAUCAUCACCCAUAAAAAUCUGAGCUUUACACUCUGUUCUACCCUGCAAGAAAUAAGCUUUGAAGCUGAAACAGAGAAAACCCAGAAACCAAAUGUGAAAAGAAAGCUCUUUGUCUUGAAUUUGCCUUGGGCUUUUACUGUUGAUGAUAUCAAAGAUCUCUUUGGCCAAUAUGGGAAUGUUAAAGAUGUUGAGAUUAUAAAGCAAACAGAUGGGAAAAGUAGGAAUUUUGCUUUUGUAACUAUGGCUUCUGGUGAUGAAGCUCAAGCUGCUGUAGAUAACCUUGAUUCUCACGAAGUUUCAGGGAGAAUUGUAAAGGUAGAGUUUGCAAAGAGAUUAAAGAGACCUUCACCAGCUUCAUCUAAACCGAUUGUACUUCCUUCUCGCGAAAUAUGCCAUAAGGUUUACGUAUCGAAUCUUAAUUGGAAAGUCCGGUCGAGUCAUCUCCGAGAAUUUUUCUCGACCUUCAACCCGGUUUCGGCCAGAGUUAUAUUCGGUACCCCAUCAGGACAGUCUGCAGGGUAUGGCUUUGUUUCAUUUGCCACAAAAGAAGAGGCUGAAGCUGCAAUUUCUACUCUCAAUGGGAAGGAAUUGAUGGACCGGCCACUACGUUUGAAAUUCAGUGAGAAAACAGCCGAUGAACCCGGAGAUGAAAACACGGGACAAAAGGAACCCGAUGAUCAAACCGAAGAGUCUUAAAUCUUCACUGGGAUUUCAUAUUUCUCCAUCCUUUUUCAGAGCAGUGUAUACAAAUGAGGAAAGUAAAUGUUACAUUCUCUCCAACUUUUCUUUGAUGAAUCAGGAAAGUAAUUUGUAAAUGUAACAUUCUCUCUAUAUGUUUUUUCUUUAGUGAAAUUACUUGGUAGGUCCCAUUAUUAUAGGGAUUGAAUCAAAUUAGUAAAUUCUACCAUUAAAUAAA